AUGGCGCAGCAGGAGAUGUGUGAAGAUAGUGAACUUCACUCCAACGAUGUGGUGUUUGACCGAGAAGACCGUUCGGAGGCGGCAGAGAGUAGCCGCCGUAGGAAGUCGGAGCAGGAUAGUGGUAAGGCGAUAGUGGAGGUGGUGCAUUGUACGAGGUCAGUUUCGUCCUCGACCACGAUUGUUACGACCUCUUCUGUUACGACCACCUCUACCGCGGUUGCCGUUGUUGUUGUAGUUGCCACCGUUGUUGUUGUAGUGACCACCGUUGUUGUUGUUGUAGUUACCACCGUUGUUGUUAUUGUAGCCGCUGCCAUUGUUCUGUUGAGAACGUUGAUGAUGAUGUUGCACAACAUCUGCAUACAUGACUGUUGGAGAAGAGGAAGAGGUGUUGUGCUGUGCGAUGGAUCAACUAUGUACAUCUGA